AAAUGGCGCCCGACCCUGACUCCACUCACACUUCACUCCAGCGUCCAGCGUUCAGCAUUAGACACGCACACCAUAAGCAAGAAACAGCGAGCGAGUAGCAUGGCGCCUGCAUUGUCAUUCCCGAUCAUCGACAUGGGGCUGCUCGCCGGGGAGGAGAGGCCGGCGGCGAUGGAGCUGCUGCGCGAUGCGUGCGAGAACUGGGGCUUCUUCGAGAUUCUGAACCACGGCAUCUCGACGGAGCUGAUGGACGAGGUGGAGAAGCUGACCAAGGACCACUACAAGCGGGUGCGCGAGCAGAGGUUCCUCGACUUCGCCAGCAAGACGCUCGCGGACGCCAAGGCGGCGGAGAACCUGGACUGGGAGAGCACCUUCUUCGUCCGCCACCUCCCGGAAUCCAACCUCGCCGAGAUACCGGACCUCGACGACGGCUACCGGCGCGUGAUGAGGCGGUUCGCCGGCGAGCUGGAGGCGCUGGCGGAGCGGCUGCUGGACCUCCUCUGCGAGAACCUCGGCCUCGAGGGGGGCUACCUCGCGCGGGCGUUCCGCGGGCGCAGCACGGGCGCCCCGACGUUCGGCACCAAGGUGAGCAGCUACCCGCCGUGCCCGCGCCCGGACCUCGUGAGCGGCCUGCGCGCGCACACCGACGCCGGCGGCAUCAUCCUGCUGUUCCAGGACGACCGCGUCGGCGGGCUCCAGCUGCUCAAGGGCGGCGAGUGGGUGGACGUGCCGCCGCUGCGCCACGCCAUCGUCGUCAACCUGGGAGACCAGCUGGAGGUGGUCACCAACGGCGCGUACAAGAGCGUGAUGCACCGGGUGGUGGCGCAGCCCGACGGCAACAGGAUGUCCAUCGCCUCCUUCUACAACCCGGGCAGCGACGCCGUCAUCUUUCCCGCGCCGGCGCUGGUGAACAAGGCCCAGGACCAGGAGGCCGCCGCGGGGAAUGGGGAUGGGGUCGGGGUGUACCCCAGGUUCGUGUUCGAGGACUACAUGAAGCUGUACGUGCGGCACAAGUUCGAGGCCAAGGAGCCACGGUUCGAGGCCUUCAGGUCCAUGGAGACGGACAGCUCCAACUGCAUAGCCAUCGCGUAAAAAGUACCUUGCUCUGGUUUACUGUUCGAGAUGUAUCUGCUGCAUGAUCAUCUAUGUAUGCCUGGUCUGGUCCCUCUCUGCUCUUCUUCGCUCGCUAGUCAGCCUGCUAGCUAGUUAUAUGUGUCGCGCACUCUGUUCUGUAAUAUGUCUUACUUUACAAAACUGUUCGUGUUCUCCUUUCGAAAUUAUGAACUCAUGCCAAAAUGGACCCAUCUAUGCAAAAACAGUACCUAGCUAGAAUUCUCGUUUCACCAAUAAAAACAUCAAGAUAGAUUUAAACUU